AUUCGAAUAUAUCUGUAGGGGCAAGUUAAAUAACAUCAAAGAGAUCAAUUAAUAUCUAAUUACAUCACACAAAUCACGGCCAAUGUGAGAGCACAUUGGCAUACUAAGUGAAGCCCAUUUAAUUUCUUGCACUACAAGCUAAGAAAGAAAUAAGUGCAUGACUCUCUUAAUUAUUGAAACACAAACACCAAUGUCUAUAUUGAAGAACAAGGUUGUGCUUCAGAACAAGAGAAUUGAAAUAGAUGCUGCUGAGUAUGAUACUGUUAAGUAUUGGAAACAAAGGGCCUUGCGUUUGGAGAAAUUGGUUGAGGCAAGCAUCCAGAGAGAGCAGAUACUCCAAGACAAGUUGCUUGAAAGGAUCAACAACAUUGAGAGGCAAUCCUCACAUGUAGAAGAACUCUCCCAGAUUCUCAAAAGAGCAGAUAAUUUCUUGCAUUUCAUCCUCCAGAAUGCACCUGUUGUUAUUGGCCAUCAGGACAAGGAAUUGCGAUACCGGUUUAUCUAUAAUCAUUUUCCAAGUUUGCAAGAGGAGGACAUAAUAGGAAAAACAGAUGUGGAAAUAUUCACAGGAUCUGGGGUCAAAGAAUCUCAAGAGUUCAAGAGAGAAGUCUUGGAGAAAGGAUUACCUGCAAAAAGGGAAAUCACUUUUGAGACAGAACUAUUCGGAUCAAAGACAUUCUUGAUAUAUGUAGAACCCGUGUUUAGCAAAGUAGGGGAGACAAUUGGAAUAAACUAUAUGGGAAUGGAUGUAACAGAUCAGGUAAAUGUUAACUUUGUUUUAAUAUUUCUUAUGGUAAUGGCAGCACACAUGAUAUUUCACAAUUCUCCGAAAUUGCAGGUGCAGAAAAGAGAAAGGAUGGCCAAGAUUCGGGAAGAGAUUGCAGUUCAGAAAGCAAAGGAAACAGAACUAAACAAAACCAUUCACAUUACAGAGGAGACUAUGAGAGCAAAACAAAUGCUGGCCACAAUGUCUCAUGAGAUAAGGUCUCCAUUAUCUGGCCACAAUAUCAUGAUGUAUUUACUAUCAACAUCUCAACACUAUGUUAACACACAUAAAUAAAAACACUUUAAAAAAAAACACACAAAUAUAAACUCUUCUGUCACACACUUAUACCUCUUCGUCCCCUUCCUAUACUCAUUUUGUGUGUCACUGCCAACUCCUUUACUGGUGAAGGUGCUUCUGCUCUCACAUUCCUUUUGGCUCAUUCUUUUCAUGAGUGCA